UGCCUUUAUUUUAAUCCACGAAAAGCCAGUGAGUUGGCGGGCGCAACAAUGGCUGCAUAUGCGCAGUUUGGAUACGCUGGCUACCCGACGGCAAAUCAGCUGACGACCGCCAAUACCGACAGCCAGAGCGGCCAUGGCGGCGGUUCGCCGCUGUCCGGGACGAACGAGGCCUCGCUGAGUCCCUCGGGCGGCUCGACGGCCACCGGCCUGACCGUCGGCCCUUUGAGUCCAGGUGCCGUCUCCCAGUCCUCGCACCAUGCGGGUCACAAGGGUCUGUCCACAUCGCCGGUGGAGGAUACCGUAGUUGGCGGUGCCGAGGUGCCCGGCGGCCUGUCAUCUGCCGCUGCUGCUGCCGCCGCCCAGGAUAUGGCCGGCGGGCGUGGGGGAUCCUGCUGCGAGAACGGCAGACCCAUCAUCACUGACCCGGUGUCCGGCCAGACGGUCUGCUCCUGCCAGUACGAUCCGGCCAGGCUGGCCAUUGGUGGCUACUCACGGAUGGCACUGCCCUCCGCCGGCGUGGGCGUCUACGGUGGCCCGUAUCCCUCGAACGACCAGAACCCCUAUCCCAGCAUCGGUGUGGACAACUCGGCGUUCUACGCACCUCUGAGCAAUCCCUACGGCAUCAAGGACACCAGUCCCAGCACCGAGAUGAGCGCCUGGACCUCGGCGAGUCUGCAGUCAACCACCGGAUACUAUUCUUACGACCCCACGCUGGCGGCCUACGGAUACGGACCCAACUAUGAUCUCGCCGCCCGGCGGAAGAACGCCACCCGCGAGUCCACGGCCACGCUGAAGGCCUGGCUGAGUGAGCACAAGAAGAAUCCGUAUCCCACGAAGGGCGAGAAGAUCAUGCUGGCCAUUAUCACCAAGAUGACGCUCACCCAGGUCUCCACCUGGUUUGCCAAUGCCCGACGGCGGCUGAAAAAGGAGAACAAGAUGACCUGGGAGCCCAAGAAUAAGACCGAGGACGAUGAUGAUGGCCUCAUGUCGGACGACGAGAAGGAGAAGGAUGCGAGCGAUGGCGGAAAGCUGGCCAGCGAAGCCUUUGAUCCGGGCAGUCAACUCAUCAAAUCCGAGCUGGGAAAGACGGAGAAGGAGUCGGAGAGCGUCGACCAGAAGCUGGACCUCGAACGGGAGCCGCACAAUCUGGUGGCCAUGCGGGGCCUGGCUCCGUAUGCCACUCCACCCGGCGCCCAUCCCAUGCAUGCGGCCUACAGCUCGUAUGCGCAAUCCCACAACACGCAUACGCACCCCAAUCCCCAUCCGCACUCGCAUCCGCAUGCCCAGCAGCUACAGCUCCACCAGCAGCAGCAGCACCAACAGCACCAGCACCAGCAACAGCACCAGCAGCUCCAGCAACAGCAGCAGCUCCACCAGCAGCAGCUGGAGCAGCCAUACUACCAUCCCGGCUACGGCCAGGAUGCGGAGUCGGCGGGGGACUUUGCGGCCCAAAAAAACCCGCUGAGCAGAGACUGUGGCAUCCCAGUUCCGGCGAGCAAGCCCAAGAUCUGGAGCGUGGCCGACACAGCCGCCUGCAAGACGCCGCCGCCCACCGCGGCGUAUCUCGGCCAGAACUUUUAUCCGCCGGCGGAGCAGCUGCACCACCACAGCCACAGCCAGCACCACCACCAGCAGCAGCAACAGCAGCAGCAGCAGCUCCACUCGAUGGAGCUCGGUUCGCCGCUGAGUAUGAUGAGCAGCUACGCCGGCGGAUCGCCAUAUUCGCGGAUACCUACGGCGUACACCGAGGCCAUGGGCAUGCAUCUGCCCACCAGCAGCAGCAGCCAUUCCGGGAGCAGCAGCAGCUCCUCCUCCGGCAAGGUGGCGCCCACCCCUAUCAGCGUCCAUCCGCAUCCACGGCCGGUGGGGUUUCCCGAGAUUCAGCCCGAUACGCCGCCCCAGACGCCGCCCACUAUGAAGCUGGGGGGAGGCGGCCACAACAGCAGCAGCGGGAGCAGCAGCAGCGGCAGCAGCCACAGCCACAGUUCCUCGAUCCAUUCCGCUGCUCCGGUGACGGUGGCUUCCAUGGUCAACAUUUUGUACAGUAACGAGGCGGCGGCAGCUGCGGCGGCGGGCUACGGCCACGUACAUGGAGUGGGGGGACAUGGUCACGGAGUGGGGCAUGGGGCCUACCUAACGGAGGGCCGUUCCGGGUCGUAAGCCCGAUGGACCGUGGACCAGUUACCAGAUACCAAAUAGAAAAGCGAAACUAUUUACACAUUUCGAUGGCGGGACAAGUGCAACUAGGCGACUACGAUUACGAUUACGAUAACGAUUACCAGAUAGCGAUAACUACACUAAUUAUUUUGCAAUAAAUGUAGCUUAAGUACGGCAAUAAAACUUUAUUUCCUACCAUAUCAUAGAUUAUUUCGCUUUAUAACUUUAAUUAGCAUAUUUACACUCGGCCGCUGAAAUAAUUCAGAGACGACGCUGCGACGCACACACGUCUCCGUAUCCAAAGGGGAGAACUGGAAGUGGCUGUGGCUGCGGAUUUCGUGGGGUGGAGCCGGAGCCGAAGCACCCACUUUGUCAUGUUCUACGUGCGGGCCUGAGUCACCCGACUUGGGGUUUAAUGACUCGAAAUAAACGCACACCACACGCUCAUUCAUCUUUCCGGAGGCGAGGCGAGGCGAGGUGGGGAGUGGAGUCUUGGGCGUCACACCAAUAAUAUAAUAAUGCCAGCUCUUACUACUCCACCGCGCCAUAAAUCAGCAGAACCAGAAACAGAAACAGAACCAGAAUCUUUGUCUUAGCCUGGCACUAACAUUUCCUACCUUAAGUGCUUAAUCCACACUACUUAAUAAUUUUAAACGGCAGCCGCAUUUAGAUCUUAAGCAACCUUCAAGUUGUAUUAAUGCUAAAUAUCCUAAAUUAUACACCCCGUAAGACUCUUAAUAGUUAGCUUAAGACCCUUUUGCCUAACCCUUCGACUCUAUAUUCUCUCGGCCAAAUAAUUAAGCCACACACACAUAAAUAGUUACUUAAUCGUAAAACAUGUAAUUAGACAUCUUACGCGUUUGAUAUAUUUGUAGAGGAAUUUAAGUAUCUGUGAUAUAUGCAUAUAAACGUACUAAACAAGCAAUUAGCUGCGGUCAUUUAGUUAAUUCACACAUACUUCUUAUACAUACUAAAUGCGAAAAAUGCACAAGCAACUGGUUCGAGACACUUCUAAUGGCAUACAUUUUGUAAUUGUAAAUAGUAUUUAUGUAAAUUUGCAAAUUUAAUGAUAAAUAAAGUUGAAUUAAUAUCA